AAAGUUGUUUACGCACUGGUUCAUGUGACAGAUGAGCAUCACACAGGCACCUCUACUUGACCAGUCCUCAAUAAUUAGCUGUUAUCAUCCAACUGCCAUCAAAUGGCCUGUGCUAUUGUUGUAUGCCACACCCCCCCUUUACUCUAUUAAUGGAACUAGAGUGACUUUGAAAUGUGUGCUAUGACUCAAGGGCAAACCACCCACCCUCUAAAUUAAAAUGGCACAUUUUGUUUUGUUUUAAUUCCGCGUGGUUAAUUUAUGGUGGUCAGGCAGUUCCAAAAUUAAAAUGGUACCAAAACAUUGGCCAUAAAGUUUUUAUGACGGCAAGGUCUAAGAAAAUUCCCCUUAUUUUCUGAGCGAGAGAGCAGCACACUGAAGUAUGAAGUCCGUAAAACCAAUUUGCCUGGCAAUUUACAGUAAAACCACUCGGGAGAAGCUUCAUCAUGUCAUAAGACGAUAACCCAAAACACACUGCCCACACAACAAAGGACUUCAUCAGGGGUGGGAAAAGUGGAAGGUCUUAAGAUUGGCCAAGUCAAUCACCGGACCUGAACUCAACAGAGCAUGCAUUUCAAUUCCUGAAGAGGAGAUUGAAAAGACCAGCCGCUUCCCCCAUGCCAGAAACAAACAAGAACUGAAAGAGACUAUAGUAGGCUUGGGAAAGCAUUAAAAAAAAACAAAAAAAAAACAGCAACACUCUGGUGAAGUCGGUGAGUUACAGACUUGAUGCUGAUAUUGCAAGAAAGGGAUGUGCCACCAAAUACUAAAUGUUAUACACUUUAAGUUAAUUUAAUGAUGACUGUUCCAAUAGUUUUGCUUGAAAACUGGGUUGGUUGAAACAGAAGUUGCUCUGUCUGGCGUUGUUUACCACAUCUAGAUGUCAAUACAAUGAAAGAAAAGUUGGACUUCUGUACUUUUGUCUGAUAUUCACCCUUUGCUCUGAAAUCCAAACGUCUUCAGUACUCGGCAAAAACAAAAUAAUUGACCAUGCGGUUCCAAUACUUUUGGAGGGGACUGCAUAUAUGUUAUAUAAUGUGCACCCGUAUUAAUAAAGUACCGUGGCUUCCUCCGCAUUCAAUUGAAGGAACACUUUGCCCGCUACUCUUGGGUCUGCUGUGUUUAAACUUGUCAUUGGGCAGCUUGUCGUCUGUCUUAUCUGCACUUGUGGGUGGGGAAGGCGAAGGAGGCAGCUUGACGGGGAAGUGUAAUUCUUUUGUUGUAGUUUUCAUUUCACUUUUCAAACGCACACACUUGUGAAGCUUGCUAGGCAAUGGAGGAAGAUGUUUUACAAAGUGCCGCCUGGUUCCUGCAACUUCAAAGGCCCAGCAUGUCUGGUCCUCACUUGGUGAAAAAAGGACGCGAACACAGAAAGAUGGAUCUUCAUCGAGACUUCACUGUGGCCUCACCUGCCGAGUUUGUCACGCGCUUCGGUGGAAAUCGUGUCAUUGAAAAAGUGCUGAUCGCCAACAACGGCAUUGCUGCAGUUAAAUGCAUGCGCUCCAUUCGACGCUGGUCCUACGAGAUGUUUCGAAAUGAGAGGACCAUCCGCUUUGUGGUCAUGGUCACCCCCGAAGACUUGAAAGCGAAUGCGGAAUACAUCAAAAUGGCUGACCACUAUGUACCUGUUCCUGGUGGGCCAAACAAUAACAACUACGCCAAUGUGGAAUUGAUCGUGGACAUUGCCAAAAGAAUACCAGUGCAGGCGGUGUGGGCCGGCUGGGGUCAUGCCUCAGAAAAUCCCAAACUACCUGAGUUGUUGAACAAAGCAGGCAUUUCAUUCUUGGGUCCAUCCAGCAAGGCUAUGUGGGCUCUUGGGGAUAAGGUUGCAUCCUCGAUCGUGGCCCAGAGUGCAGACAUUCCUACGCUACCCUGGAGCGGAUCAGGUCUAAAAGUGGACUGGAGGGAGGCUGACCAAAGUCCCGGCAACGUAAUCAGCGUUCCUCCUGACGUCUACACACAAGGCUGUGUGGUAGAUGUAGAUCAUGGUUUGGCGGAAGCUGAGAGAAUUGGUUAUCCGGUUGUUAUCAAAGCUUCGGAGGGUGGAGGCGGGAAAGGUAUCCGCAAAGUCGAAAGUGCCGAUGACUUUCCAAGCUCUUUUAGACAUGUUCAGACAGAAGUACCCGGCUCGCCCAUUUUCAUCAUGCAGAUGGCCCAGCAUGCGAGGCACCUUGAGGUUCAGAUAUUGGCUGAUGAAUAUGGAAACGCCAUCUCUCUGUUUGGUCGAGAUUGCUCCAUCCAAAGAAGGCACCAGAAGAUCAUAGAGGAAGCCCCUGCAACCAUAGCUGCACCCUCGACAUUUGAGCAGAUGGAACAGUAUGCCGUGAGAUUAGCUAAAAUGGUGGGCUAUGUCAGUGCUGGAACAGUGGAAUAUCUUUUCUCUGAGGAUGGAAGUUUCCAUUUUUUGGAGCUCAACCCUCGUCUGCAGGUCGAACAUCCCUGUACAGAGAUGAUUGCAGAUGUAAACCUUCCAGCUGCCCAACUUCAGAUUGCCAUGGGCAUCCCCCUUUACAGAAUCAAAGACAUUCGUUUACUGUACGGAGAAACUGCUUGGGGUGACAACAUGAUUAACUUUGAGACGCGAGACUGCGCGCCAAGUCCAAGAGGGCAUGUCAUCGCAGCCCGAAUCACGAGUGAGAACCCCGACGAGGGCUUCAAACCCAGCUCAGGCACUGUGCAGGAGCUGAACUUCCGCAGCAGUAAAAAUGUUUGGGGUUACUUUAGUGUCGGAGCAACCGGGGGUCUGCAUGAAUUUGCAGACUCGCAGUUUGGACACUGUUUCUCCUGGGGGGAGAACCGAGAAGAGGCCAUUUCGAACAUGGUGGUGGCUAUGAAGGAGCUGUCGAUCAGAGGUGAUUUCAGGACAACCGUUGAAUACCUCAUUAAGUUACUUGAAACCGAGAGCUUCCGAAACAAUGACAUAGACACGAGCUGGCUGGAUCACCUCAUUGCGGAGAAAGUGCAGGCAGAGAGACCAGACACCAUGUUGGGGGUCGUCUGCGGGGCUUUGCAUGUCGCCGAUGCAAGCUUCAGAAAGAGCAUGUCUGACUUUCUUCACUCACUAGAAAGAGGCCAGGUUCUGCCUGCAGCCAGCCUCCUCAACUCUGUCAGUGUAGAUCUCAUAUACGAAGGAGUCAAAUUCUGCUUAAAGGUCGCUCGCCAGUCCCCAACAACAUAUGUCAUCAUAAUGAAUGGCUCCAACAUUGAAAUAGAUGUUCACCGGCUCAGUGACGGUGGCCUGCUGCUCUCCUAUGAUGGCAGCAGCCAUACCACCUACAUGAAAGAGGAGCUGGACAGAUACCGCAUUACCGUCGGCAACAAGACUUGUGUGUUUGAUAAAGAAAAUGAUCCCUCUGUGCUGAGAUCACCUUCUGCUGGUAAACUACUGCAGUACGUUGUUGCCGACGGAGAUCAUAUUUGCUCAGGCGAGACCUAUGCAGAGAUCGAGGUGAUGAAGAUGGUGAUGACUCUAACUGUACAGCAAACCGGACAUGUACAUUUUGUCAAGAGGCCCGGCGCAGUUUUGGAAUCCGGCUGUGUGAUUGCGCAUAUGAACUUGGAUGACCCUGGUUGUAUACACCGGGUGGAGCUCAAUACAGCCACCCUACCGCCACAGCACCCAUUGCCCAUUGUCGGGGAAAAACUCCACCAGGUGUUCCACAGCGUCCUUGAAAACCUGGUUAAAGUAAUGGAUGGCUAUUGCCUCGAAGAGCCCUACUUUAGCACCAAGUUGAAACAGUGGGUAGCGACCCUCAUGAAGACUCUGAGGGACCCGUCCCUGCCGCUGCUGGAACUGCAGGAGAUCAUGACUAGCGUGGCCGGCCGAAUCCCACUUGGCGUCGAGAAAGAUAUCCGAAAAGUCAUGGCCCAAUAUGCCAGCAACAUCACCUCUGUCCUGUGCCAGUUCCCAAGCCAAAGGAUUGCAAAUAUUCUCGACAGCCAUGCAGCCACUCUACAGAGGAAGGCGGAUCGGGAAGUGUUCUUCAUUAACACUCAGAGUAUUGUUCAGCUGGUUCAGAGGUACCGCAGUGGAAUUCGCGGUUACAUGAAGUCUGUGGUUCUGGAUCUGCUGAAGCGAUACCUUCAAGUAGAGAUGCAGUUUCAACAAGCUCAUUACGACAAGUGUGUCAUCAACUUGAGGGAGCAAUAUAAGCCCGACAUGAGUCCUGUGCUGGAAUACAUCUUUUCUCACGCCCAGGUCUUCAAGAAAAACAUCCUGGUCACAAUGCUCAUCGAUCAACUCUGUGGAAGGGAUCCAACUCUGGCAGACGAGCUUAUGGUGAUUCUCAAUGAACUCACGCAGCUCAGUAAAAUGGAGAAUUCAAAGGUCGCCUUAAGAGCCAGACAGGUGCUGAUUGCCUCUCAUUUACCAUCGUAUGAACUGAGGCACAACCAAGUGGAGUCCAUCUUCCUCUCUGCCAUUGACAUGUACGGCCAUCAGUUUUGCCCUGAAAAUCUAAAGAAACUCAUCCUCUCUGAGACCUCAAUUUUUGAUGUGCUGCCCAAUUUCUUCUACCACUCCAAUCAAGUCGUCUGCAUGGCUGCGCUGGAGGUGUACGUGCGUCGAGCUUACAUCGCUUAUGAGCUCAACAGUAUCCAGCAUCACCAGCUGCGGGACGGAACGUGUGCUGUCGAUUUCCAGUUUAUGCUGCCAUCAUCGCACCCCAACAGAGGGAGCAACCCUACUCUGAACAGGGUUCCUGUCCCAGUGAAUGCUUCAGGGCAGUUAAAAAUGCGGCGGCAGAGCAGUGACCUUUUUCUGGAGGGAGCUCUGUCUCCACCAUGUCAACGCAUGGGCGCUAUGGUAGCCUUCCAGUGUUUUGACGAUUUCAAAAGGAACUUUGAUGAAAUUCUUUGCAGUUUUGCAGAGCCUCUGUUGGAGAACCAGACCUUUUUAGAAUCGUGCUCCAGUUUUUAUGAAGAAGACAACUUUAAGAACACCGGGGAGAAUCCAAUCCACAUCAUUAAUGUCUCAAUCAAAAGAGCUGACAUUGAGGAUGAUGAUGCCUUAGUUAUUGCCUUCACGUCUUUCGCCCAGUCAAAGAGAUCAUCCCUCUUUGAAUAUGGCAUCAGAAGAAUCACAUUUUUGGUUGCGCAGAAGAGGGAGUUCCCCAAGUUCUUCACUUUCAGAGCACGAGAUGGGUUCCAGGAAGAUCGGAUCUACCGUAAUCUGGAGCCAGCUUUAGCGUUUCAGCUGGAACUGAACCGCAUGAGGAACUUUGACCUGACUGCCGUUCCCUGUGCCAACCACAAAAUGCACCUCUACCUGGGAGCCGCUCGUGUUCAGGAGGGAGCCGAAGUUACCGAUUACAGAUUCUUCAUCCGAGCUAUUAUUCGCCACUCUGAUCUGAUUACAAAGGAAGCGUCUUUUGAGUAUCUUCAAAAUGAGGGAGAGCGUCUUCUGCUAGAGGCCAUGGAUGAGUUGGAGGUGGCCUUCAGUAACACAAACGUUCGUACAGACUGCAACCACAUCUUCCUCAACUUUGUCCCUACCGUCAUUAUGGAUCCAUCAAAAAUUGAGGAGUCUGUCCGUUUCAUGGUGAUGCGCUACGGAAGUCGACUUUGGAAGCUGCGCGUCCUGCAAGCUGAGCUGAAAAUCAACAUUCGCCUGACUCCCACUGGGCUCGCCAUCCCCAUACGUCUUUUUUUGACCAACGAGUCGGGCUAUUAUUUGGACAUCAGUCUGUAUAAGGAGGUUACUGACCCAGGUUCCGGACAGAUUAUGUUCCAGUCUUAUGGAGACAAACAGGGACCUCUGCAAGGCAUGUUAAUCAACACUCCUUAUGUGACCAAAGACUUGCUGCAGGCCAAGCGUUUCCAGGCUCAAACUCUUGGCACAACAUACGUCUACGACUUCCCAGAGAUGUUUAAGCAGGCUCUAUUUAAGCAGUGGGGUACAGAGGACAAAUAUCCUAAAGAUAUGCUGAUGUGCACUGAGCUGGUUCUGGACCCCCAAGGUCGUCUGGUGCAACUAAACCGCCUGCCUGGAGACAAUGACGUGGGAAUAGUUGCUUUCAAAAUGAAGAUGAAGACGCCGGAAUAUCCAGAAGGUCGAGACAUCGUUGUCAUCUGUAACGACAUCACCCACAUGAUUGGCUCAUUUGGACCUCAGGAAGAUGAGCUGUUCCUCAGGGCCUCCGAGUUGGCGAGAGCUGAGGGAAUCCCUCGCAUUUACAUCGCUGCCAAUAGUGGAGCGCGCAUUGGUCUCGCUGAGGAGAUCAGACACAUGUUCCAGGUGGCCUGGAUUGACCCCACUGACCCUUACAAGGGUUUUAAGUACCUUUACCUGACACCACAAGACUAUACACGCAUCAGCGCCACCAAUUCUGUGCAUUGCCACCAUGUGGAAGAAGGAGGGGAGUCAAGGUACAUCAUCACAGACAUUAUUGGGAAGGAUGAAGGUCUUGGGGUAGAGAACCUGCGAGGUUCAGGCACCAUUGCUGGAGAAUCGUCUCAGGCCUAUGAAGAAAUCAUUACAAUCAGUAUGGUGACUUGCCGCGCUAUAGGAAUUGGGGCAUAUUUGGUACGUUUGGGCCAGAGGGUGAUCCAGGUGGAGAACUCUCACAUUAUACUGACUGGAGCAAGUGCAUUGAACAAGGUUCUGGGCAGAGAGGUCUACACCUCCAACAACCAGCUGGGCGGCAUCCAGAUCAUGCACAACAAUGGAGUCACACACACUACUGUGCCAGAUGAUUUUGAAGGAGUUGUCACCAUUCUCCAGUGGCUGUCCUACAUGCCGAAGAACAACUCCUCCGCUGUGCCCGUCAUACCAACCACAGAUCCUGUUGAUCGAGAGAUUGACUUCACUCCCACAAAAGCACCAUAUGACCCCCGCUGGAUGCUGGUUGGGAGACCCCACCCCAUGGUGAAAGGUGCCUGGCAGAGUGGAUUCUUUGACCAUGGCUCCUUCAUGGAGAUCAUGGGCUCCUGGGCUCAAACUGUCGUCGUGGGCAGAGCGCGGUUAGGAGGGAUCCCGCUCGGCGUCAUUGCUGUGGAAACUCGGACUGUUGAGUUAACUGUACCAGCUGAUCCAGCCAACUUGGAUUCAGAAUCAAAAGUCCUGCAACAGGCUGGGCAAGUGUGGUUUCCGGACUCAGCUUUUAAAACGGCUCAGGCGAUUUGUGACUUCAACCGUGAACGUCUGCCUCUCAUGGUGUUUGCCAAUUGGAGGGGCUUCUCUGGUGGAAUGAAAGACAUGUAUGAUCAGGUAUUAAAGUAUGGGGCUUACAUCGUGGAUGCACUUCGUGGUUUCCAUCAGCCUGUGCUGGUGUACAUUCCACCACAUGCCGAAUUGAGAGGAGGGUCCUGGGUCGUCAUUGACCCCACCAUUAACCCAUUGUGUAUGGAGCUGUAUGCUGACAGAGAGAGCAGAGGGGGUGUGCUGGAAGGCGAGGGCACAGUGGAGAUCAAAUUCAGGAAAAAAGACCUGCUGAAAGCCAUGAGAAGAUUGGACAAUGUCUAUGCUGGUCUGGUUGAGAAGCUUGCUUCUCUAGAUCUGCCUGAGAAGCAGUGCAGAGAGCUGGAAGCGAAACUCAAAGCAAGAGAAGAAUUCCUGUUGCCCAUCUACCACCAGGUGGCAGUGCAGUUUGUGGAUCUUCACGACACUCCUGGCAGGAUGCAGGAGAAAGGUGUCAUCACCGAUAUUUUGGAUUGGAAGAAUGCACGUCCUUUUUUCUACUGGCGUUUGAGGCGUCUCCUUUUGGAGCAGGUGGUGAAGUAUGAGAUUCUCCAGGCCAACAAAGAUCUCUGUGAUGGACAUAUGCAGUCGAUGUUGCGCCGCUGGUUUGUUGAAACGGAGGGAACAGUCAAGGCAUACCUGUGGGAUAAUAACCAAGCAGUAGUCGAGUGGCUUGAAAGGCACUGGUCCAAAGACGAUGGCACUCGAUCUGCCAUCCGAGAGAAUAUCAAGUACCUCAAAAGGGAAAACGCCUUGAAACAUAUCCGCAGUCUGGUUGAGUCCAACCCUGACGUCGCCAUGGACUGCAUCAUCCACAUGAGCCAGAACAUUACUGCGUCACAGAAAGCCAAGCUCUCUCAUCUGCUUGCUACCAUGGACAACAGCAACACCAGCUGAACUGUAGAACUUUUGAAGGACUCUCCAAGGUUCACCUCUACUCUUAAAGGUGGAAUGUAAAGAAUUGGAUUUAUGAGCCAGUUUAUCUAAAACAGUGCUUGAUGCCUUCUUUUCUACGAUGAUACCAAACGUGGCUUGUCUACCGUUAUGUGCACUACAGUUUAACAAUCCUGUAAGGACAUUUCAGCCUGAUCUCGAAAGAGUAUUUCAGUCCAAGAUUCCAUGUUUGGUUGACAAAAUCUCACUGUAAUGCACAUUGCACUGCUGCUUCUCUUUAUCCAUAAAUACCGGUAUUAGUUUUUGCAUUCUCAGCAUGCAUGGAUCUUCAUAUUUAUAUUUGAGGUAGAUGCUGGUUGUACAAAUGAGUCACUUAUUCUCUGACGAUUAUGGAAACAUUCAUUUUGGAGUGCUAACAUUGAGCACGAUGCAAAAUUUGUAUUACAGUGUAUAUCGUACAAAAAGCUUAAAAAGCAUUGUGCGAACAUCAAUUUGAAGUUUUAUUAAAAAACAAAACCAAAAAAAAAAACCGACGCAUUUCAAAUUUCAUCACUAUUAAAAAGGUGUAAUCAGUGAUAAAUGUACCAAAUGCAGACAUCUAGAAUUUUGUUUGAGUGCAUUUGUUUAUGACAGGGCCUUCAUGUAAUUGUCUCCAUCUACUGGUCCAUCAUUUCACAUAAAUGUAUAUAAGCUCUCCUUUGUCAUUUUGUCAACAAAUGUGUUAAUAAAUACCACCAAUUUAUUUUUGGCAAAAGAAA